AUGACAUAUCCGAUUGCUGAGGCACAACUCGUGGCGUUGUUCAUGCAAAGCGUCACUUAUGGCAUUCACGUUGUAACAUUCUCACUGUGCAUGUAUACAUGGUACCGCCGGACGGGCCAUUCAGGAGCGCCAAGAUGUGGGCCGUGGAUGGUCGUUCCGGUGGCUUUGUUCGUGCUCGGCACCGUCGACGUCUCCUUUAAUCUUUACCACAACCUCAUUGCGUUCAUUUUCUACACGGGACCCGGAGGUGCGGAGGCGGAAUUCAAGCAACUCUCGAACUGGGUAAACGCAAUAAGGAGCGUCUGGUACGUUGUCAGUGCCAGCGUCUCCGAUGCGGCUUUGAGGAUGCAGCGGAUGGUGGUGACCGUGCUUAUAGUGCUGUGGGUUGGGAUGGCCGUGUCGGAAGUGAUUGAGUUGUACUACCUGUUCACCUUGAAGGCACCGAGCUCCAUUCCUGACGCGCGGAAAAUUCAACCCUACUUGGAUGCUUUCUUCUGUACGUCGCUUAGCAUAAACAUUCUAUCCACCGGGAUGAUUGUGUGGCGAAUCUGGAGAAUCCAACGACAAAAAGCGAAGGCUUUCGCGCAGAGUUUUGGAAGCUCUGGUGGAUUGGAUCUACUCAACAUCAUCCGGAUCUUCCUCGAAUCUGCACUCUUGUAUACGCUGUGCGUCGCACUGACGUUUAUUGCGAACUUUGCUGGAAGCAACAUCAGCUACGGUUUCUCUGACAUUAGUGUCGAGAUAGCCGGAGUCUCUUUUGAUCUCAUAAUUAUUCGGAUCUGGAAAGGGGUUGCCACUGAGCAAACAGACCAGUUUGCUAGCUCGUUAAAUUGGGAGGCUAGCCGUGGUGGGGCUACUGUCGAUUCGACCGAUCCUGCGACGACGGGAUCUUCAACUUUUACAGAGCUGAAUGAGCUCACUUCACAUAGCCGCAAAAAUGCAGUCCACUUUGGAAGCGGUGAUAGCUUGUCUGAUCGAUUGGAGGAUCAGAAGGCGCUUCCGAAGGUGGCUCACAUCUGA